UACUACUUACUAGGUAUUUUCAAUUUCAAUUCACAAUAGUUUCUCAACAUCUUAAAUUAUCCAUUUUUGGUAUCCAAUGUUUUAAAACUAUAAAAAUCGUAUAUCUAUUUGUAUUGCGUUGCAAAAUUGAGCUGACGUCUGAUCUUUUUGAUGGAUUUAUUCAACAAAGGAAUGAAAGGUCCAACAAGGCCAGCGCCUGUGCCUCCAGGUGCUAUUGUCCAUAGAUACUCCCCAGUUACAAAUUUGAAUGAUGAUCCCUUCGGCUCUGAAGUUUUUGAACCAUCACCAAUGUACUCUCAGAAGAAGAAACCACCUCCUCGGCCACCUCCACCAAAAAUUAAUAAGCAACCAGAAGUACCAGCCAAACCAAUACACUUUAUGCGUAGACCUACUGUACUUACAUCAUUAUUAAAUCGCAAAAACAAAAAUAUUGUUAAUCAAUCAAAUGUAAAUCCAUCAUCUAUUUCAACAACAAACUUUACAGAUUUCAGUGAAGUGGAUAAUAAUAAAAUGUUUUCUAAAUGUGAGCGUACAAAUACUCAAACAGCUACACUCAUUGAUUUCUCAUCUCCUCCAAGUUCUCCAACUUUUACAACAAGAUCUAGCAGUGAUGGAAUCAGUGUUGAUAGCUUUGGAUCUGAUGCAACUACCUCUACAAGCAACAGAAAUGCAAUAAGUGGUGGUAAUGCUUCUCAGGCAGAAAGUGGUUUUGAGGAUGAUUUUGAUCUCUUCCUUACAACGAGAAAGCAAAUAAGCAAAGAAGACACACUGGAUGAUUUUUCAACAAUAGAUCCUUUUUCACCACAACCAGUAAAUAAACCACCAAUUAUGAAAAAACCACUUGUAAACAAAGAUUUAUUUGAAAUAUGCAAUCAGAUUACUGCUCCUUCCAAAGGACCAACGAUAAUCCGAGCAAAACCAGCUCGACCAAAACCACCAGAUAACUCGGCAUUAUUAAAAAGCUCCUUUGGUAAUAGUUUCCAAAUGGCUACUAUGAAUAUUAAUACAACAACGCCAAUACAAAGGGUCACCAAUGGCUUCGAAGAUAAUGACGAGAAAUUGCUCUGGGACCGCGAUUCACCAGAGCGAGAGAAAACUCCUCCAAUGCCGACAAUCCCGCCACCACCGCCUCCAGUCAUCGACGAUGACCUGCCCGUGGUCUGGCCUGAUGAUCUGCCCGACACUGAUCAGAACAGCGAGCCGUAUGCAGUAGCAUUAUUCGAUUAUUUCACAGGCCACUCGGAGGACUUAUAUUUUUCGGCUGGAACGAAAAUAAUACUAGUCCGGCGCGUGAAUGAAGAAUGGCUGCAUGGUAAACUAGAAACAGGAGCUGACGGUCUCUUCCCAUCAAAUUAUGUAGAAAUCAAAGUGCCUUUAAACGAUAGCAGUAUAAUGGGUACCGCUGUAGCGUUAUACGAUUUCGCGCCAGUCCAAAAUGGCGAUUUGCAGUUUAAUACAGGCGAUAAUAUAACAGUUCUGUCGAAAAUUAGUGAUGAAUGGUAUUUCGGUGAGUGCAACGGGAUUAAAGGCCAGUUCCCAGUCAACUAUGUGCAAAUUAGUUAGUGAUCUGUCGAUAUAUUCAAAUUGGUGCUGCAUCCUUAGUCUUAUGAAAAUAAUCUAAUUUAUAACACAGCCACAAUCUAUGAAAGAUAUUGCAUAACAAUCGUCGACCAUAAUAAUACCUGUUUCUUAAUUUUGAUAGCGUAAUCAAGCUUUGAUUAUAGAAAACUUAAGUCGUAAUAUUCCCGACUAUAGGUAUUUUGAACGAAAAAUUCUUUUAGCGUGAAAUACCCGUCAGCCUCAUGGCACCGUGAUGAACCAACUAUACGUAGAAUUGUAUUGGAUGUGCCGUGUUCGAUUUAUGUGAUUUUAAAACGAAGACUGAUGUCUAUAUCUCGAUAAAUUGUACAAUGAUUUGGAUUUUGAAUCUAUGGAU